AAGAAGCCCGGAGCCCUCGGCGGGUUGGAGCGACUCCCCAGCGAUGCCUCACAACUCUAUCAGAUCCGUCCUCAGAGCCUUGUAAGGGGUGAAGAAAUUACCAAAGAACACUCUAAGAUCUCCCCAAAUGGCCACGUUGCCUAAAAUACAUGUCCGCACAGCCGUCUUCCCCUGGAGCUUUGCAGAGUUCCAAGUCUGUCGUUCUGUGAGAUGAGUCCUCUCUGGCCGUGGGAAGCGUGCAUCCUCGUGUGCACACCUUCACACUCAGGAACUCGCUUUCUCCAGACAGGCAGUCUUGUCUUCAUCCUCCACACCCACCACUCCCCACCCACGUUCCCCCAGAAGCGCCCCCGACGAGGCAAAAGGCCUUUGCUUAUGAAGCUUCAAACCUCUUCCUGGUUCACCCCAGACUGACCGAGGGCACCCACUCGUCUCCGGCUUCCGGCCUCAAGGCCCACCGGGUCCACACCACAUGUGAAGGCGGCCGGAGCAGUGGGCACAGCAGGAAGGAAGGCUGCGCCCACCUUGGGCAUCGGGCGGCGACUCGCCCAGCCGAGUCCACGCCCUGCACGGCACCCAGGAAGGACGGCAGGGCCGGGUUCCGUCCCAACCACAGGGGUGCCCCCACCCGCCGCCCGGAGGUGCUUUCCAAACGCUCCCGCCCAGUCCUGGAGCCAACGUCAAUGUCUUUCAGCUCCUUGAAGGCACCAAGACCUUGGGCACAGAUUGUUUCCUGUGGAAACACUUCCGUCUGCUCAGCACCUACGUUUUCCACCCUGCGGGGCUGGCUCACCCAACACUGGGCCUCUUCCAAGAGACCUCCGCUUGAGAUGGUCAUUCCCAGUUUGUCAGAUUGCAACCCCAAAAAGAUUUCAAGUUCCUUGAGGCCAGGCCUCUUGUCUUGUUCGGGCUUGCACCUGACCACUGGUGCUGAGAUGGAAAGAAGUGGAAACCGUCAUUCGUAGGCGACAGGAAUCACAAUUUAGAAGCAGAGGGCUAUGAGGACUUACUCUUACGUUUUCUUUACGAGCCACUGCCCCACCCAGCCCGGGGCUCUCAGCAGAUUUCUCGACCAGCACUGGGAACUUCUCAGAGCAGACGCUCCUCCGUCCUGCCGCAGGCUGGGCGCUGGCUUCGCCGCUGUGUGAUUCCGAGGGCUCUCGAGUUUGAGAGCCACUGCCCCAGUCCUGGGGUCAAGCUUGGGCCGUGACAGUCACCAAGGGGAGUCUUAGAAAUGGGGGAACCGCACCCUACACGGCUCUGCCCUGCUUCCCAUCACUGUCGGCCGCAGCAGGCACAGCUCGAGGUUGUUUGGCUCCAUUCAAUGGAUGAAAACACUAAGAUAUAAAAGCAAACAAAAGUUUCUCAAAUGACAAGGUAAAUAUGGGCAGAGCCCAGUCAGGAUCUGGCCCGAGGCUCUCCACAGUGACACCGAAUCACCCCGAAGCCAAGCCAGCCCCAGCACCCGAGAAUUUACCAUGUGGGAGGCAGCGGGGAGGCUCGGCAGGCAGGUGCCCCUGUAGGGCCACAUUGCUCAGGGUGCAGUUUCGGGUUUCUGCAGCCAACUUGCAGAGACGCAGACUUUCCAAGAUGCACAGGGCCGAGUCCUGCCAUCUAAGAGUGGCAUGUGGUUUCUGAACCUUUCCAGCUGCCUGCUGGGGGGCAGGGACCCCGAGCUUCUGGGGCAGCGGGCGCCGCCUGGUGCUCAUGGCUGGACCCGCAGGAGCCGGGAGGCCGCAGGGGACCCUGGACCCAGCCCCGGUUGCCUCUGCUAGGAAGGGGGAGCAGAGCAGGCCCCACACCGGGGAUUUGGCCAGAGGGCGUUUCCUCCUGAAGGCUGCCCAAGCCAGAGGCCUCCAGCCUUUCCUUUGCCUUUUUUUUUUAUGUUUCAAGGGAACUUGAUUGUCCGGCUGCAGACAGCUGGGGCCUGAGGGCACCUGGCCAGGCAGUUCUGAGUGUGCUGUGCAGUGGGCCCUAAUGGGCACGGCGGGCCCUUCUGCCCUCGGCCACAACCUCCUGCAACCGCGUCCCUCAGGGCCUGCCCCACCUGCUCCCCUCACCCUGAGGACUCUGCCCCGGCCCCUCCGGGAGGCCGCGCUGCCCUGCACUAGGCCUGGCUCUUCUCACGUGAGCCGGUCGCAGAAGUCGUGUGGAUCAGCUGUGGCCCCAGCCAGAAGCCCACGUGGCUGCAGGGACAGCUAUGACUGGGCCACCUGUCCACACCACCUGCACCCACACCAGCUGCCCCCAUCGCCUGAAGCUCCUCCCCUGUCCCCCGUCCCCCGUCCCGCAUCCGUGGCUCCAUGUCCUUCUGCUCAGCCGGGCCCCUGUGGCCUGCCCCGGAGGAUCCGUGCAGCCCUGUGAUGGCCUGAUUUUUGGUUUGUGCCCUUCUGAUAGUGAACCCGUGAGGAAAGAGCAGGGGACACGUCUGCCACUUGCUGCAGCACUGCCUGGCAAGUGGAGCCACGGAGGGCUGAACCAGCUGGGAGGGGCUUUUGUGAACGGCAGACCCCUGCCCGAGGUGGUGCGGCAGCGCAUCGUGGACCUGGCACACCAGGGCGUGCGGCCCUGCGACAUCUCCCGCCAGCUCCGUGUCAGCCACGGCUGCGUCAGCAAGAUCCUCGGCAGUAGGUACUACGAGACUGGCAGCAUCCGGCCUGGGGUGAUCGGAGGCUCCAAGCCCAAGGUGGCCACCCCCAAGGUGGUGGAGAAGAUUGGGGACUACAAGCGGCAGAACCCCACCAUGUUUGCAUGGGAGAUCCGAGACCGGCUCCUAGCAGAGGGCGUCUGUGACAACGACACGGUGCCCAGCGUCAGCUCCAUCAACAGAAUCAUCCGGACGAAAGUGCAGCAGCCAUUCAACCUCCCCAUGGAGAGCUGCGUGGCCACCAAGUCCCUGAGCCCAGGACACACGCUGAUCCCCAGCUCGGCUGUCACGCCCCCGCAGUCACCCCAGUCUGACUCCCUGGGCUCCACCUACUCCAUCAACGGGCUCCUGGGCAUCACCCAGCCUGGCAGUGACGGCAAGAGGAAGAUGGAUGACACCGCUCAGCGUGGGCCUGGCUCCAGAACCCAGGGGCAAGCGAGGUGGGGGACUGAGCGCUCUCCCUGCCUGGGGGCUCCAGGUGACCGGGACAGCUGUCGGCUGAGCCUCGAUGCCCAGGAGGGUGGCGGGCCCCGCAAGCACCCGCGCUCGGACGCCUUCGGCCAGCACCACCUGGAGCCGCUCGAGUGCCCGUUCGAGCGGCAGAACUACCCGGAGGCCUACACCUCCCCCGGCCACACCAAAGGCGAGCAGGGCCUCUACCCGCUGCCCCUGCUCAGCAGCCCCCUGGAUGAUGGGAAAGCUGCCCUGACCCCUUCCAACACACCCCUGGGACGCAACCUGCCGACCCACCAGGCGUACCCCGUGGUGACAGAUCCUCACUCACCCUUCGCCAUAAAGCAGGAAACCCCCGAGGUGUCCAGUGCUAGCUCCACCCCUUCCUCUUUAUCUAGCUCCGCCUUUUUGGAUCUGCAGCCCGCGGGCCCCGGGCUCCCGGCCGCCUCGGUCCCGCCCUUCAGUGCCUUCCCCCACGCUGCCUCCGUGUACGGGCAGCUCCCGGGCCAGGCCCUGCUCUCAGGGCGAGAGAUGGUGGGACCCACACUGCCUGGAUACCCGCCCCAUGUGCCCACCAGCGGACAGGGCAGCUAUCCCUCUUCUGCUAUCACAGGCAUGGUGGCAGGAAGCGAGUUCUCCGGCAGCACCUACAGCCACAGCCCCUACCCGUCCUACGGCGAGGCCUGGCACUUCCCCAACUCCGGCCUGCUGAGUGCCCCCUACUAUUACAGCUCCACGCCCAGGCCAGCUGCGCCAUCCGCCGCGGCCUUUGACCAUCUGUAGUUGCCACGGCGACCGUGGGAGGCUGAGCCCCAGGAGGACCUUGUACAGGCCUCGGAGAGUCACGCAAAGGAAUCUUUAUUUAUUACGUGGAAAAUAACCACGAGCCCAGCGCUGCAGCUCACUCCUUAUGUGGUUAACUUAAUGAACCAGGAAAGACACGGUGACCUUGGAGAAGGCCCAGCUGUCCUCCAGGGCUCCUCAGGGAGGGGCAGGGGUCCCCGGGAAGAGAGCCAUCCCCUUCAGAAAGAGAAAAUCGGAGGCGGCACUGCUGGUUCCCACCAGAGGCGAGAAGAGGGUCCGCUGGAGGGUCCUGGGGUUGGAGAAGCUGCACCCCAGCCUGAGGGGACCCGAGGCCCCUCUCUCCUGCUCCCCUGGCUCUGCCCCCCGACACUGGCCUCCUGAAGGAGCUGACCCACCUUUGCCUGCUGCUGUGGGCGCACAAACACCAGCUCCAGUUCUCGCCCACUGAAUCGUCCCUUUGGCAGCGGCUGUCUCCCAGGCCAGCCUGAAACUGCUUGGGGACAGAAGCUGCACAGGCCCCUGGCUGCUGGCACGGUGUGAGGGCAGCUCCACCAGAGCGCAGCGAGAGCUGCUGGGCGCUGGCUUCCCUUCCCCAAGCCAAGUGGGCUUCCCACAACCCACGCCCUCUGUGCCCACAGACCCUGAGGCUGCCCUGCAGCCAACAAGACAGGUUCCCUCUGCGCCCACAGCUCCUGCCCCAGGCCCUGACUGUAAAUACUGUACAUGAUGCUUAUGAGGGUCCAGUUCCAAGCAACUUUUCUCCCUGCCAUGCUGGGCUUCUCUUCCUGAUGCUUCUUUCUUUUCUAGAGACAACCCACCAUUGCCACAUGUGUCAAUAAACCACUGCUAUUCGC